ACUCCACUCCCCUGUUGCUCACAUCAAAUAGACGCAACCAUCACAGUUCGGGUGAUAAAGAGCUUCACGUAUCGUACCGAGAAAUCGCUCGUACUUCACCACGUCAAUCUUGAGGAGAUCACCGUGGGCCAGCUCAAGGAGCGCGUAAAGCAGACUAUCAAGACACAACCUGCCUGGAAAGCUUACAAGACCGUGGAGUUGGACACUCUCAAGCUUUACACAAAAGCUCAUGGUGCGAAGACAGCAAACCUGAUUAUUAAUCUGGACCACGACGACUGGAUAUUGGAUGAUAACACCGUAGUUUUAGCAUCACACGGUCUAGAAAACGAGUCUGAAGUAAGCUUCUUCAAUCGGAAGGAUUACGAAGCGUUCAAGCUCAAUCCAGAGACGAAGUGGGGUUGAUGGUCGAGUCAUCUCUCCUUGCCUGUAUAGUU